AUGGGAGGGGCCGGCAUUCUGCUGCUGCUGCUGGCUGGGGCGGGGGCGGGGGCGGCCUGGAGACCCCCGAAGGGGAAGUGUCCUCUGAGCUGCUCCUGCUCCAAAGACAGUGCCCUGUGUGAGGGCUCCCCGGACCUGCCCGAGAGCUUCUCCCCAACCCUGCUGUCACUCUCCCUCGUCAGGACUGGAGUCACCCAGCUGAAGGCCGGCAGCUUCCUGAGGGUGCCGACGCUGCACCUGCUCCUCUUCACAUCCAACUCCUUCUCGGUGAUUGAGGACGAUGCAUUUGCGGGACUGUCCCACCUGCAGUACCUCUUCAUCGAGGACAAUGAGAUCGGCACCAUCUCUAAGAACGCUCUCAGAGGACUUCGUUCACUCACACACCUAAGCCUGGCCAAUAACCACCUUGAGACCCUCCCCAGAUUCCUGUUCCGAGGCCUGGAGACCCUGACUCAUGUGGACCUCCGCGGGAACCCGUUCCAGUGUGACUGUCGUGUCCUCUGGCUGCUGCAGUGGAUGCCCGCCGUGAACGCCAGCGUGGGGACGGGGGCCUGCGCUGGGCCCGCCGCCCUGACCCACAUGCAGCUCCGCCACCUCGACCCCACGACGUUCAAGUGCAGAGCCAUAGAGCUGUCCUGGUUCCAGACGGUCGGGGAGUCGGCGCUGGGCGUGGAGCCUUUCUCCUACCAGGGGGAACCCCACAUCGUCCUGGCACAGCCCUUUGCCGGCCGCUGCCUGAUCCUCACCUGGGACUACAGCCUGCAGCGCUUCCGGCCCGAGGAGGAGCUGUCUGCGCCCUCGGUGGUGUCCUGCAAGCCGCUGGUGCUGGGCCCGCGCCUCUUCGUGCUGGCCGCGCGCCUGUGGGGAGGCUCGCAGCUCUGGGCCCGGCCCGGCCCCGGCCUCCGCCUGGCCCCCACGCAGGCCCUGGCCCCGCGGCGCCUGCUGCGGCCCAAUGAUGCCGAGGUCCUGUGGCUGGACGGGCAGCCCUGCUUCGUGGUGGCCGACGCCUCCAAGGCGGGCAGCACCACCCUGCUGUGCCAGGACGGGCCCGGCUUUUACCCGCGCCAGAGCCUGCACGCCUGGCACCGGGACACGGACGCCGAGGCCCUCGAGCUGGACGGCCGGCCGCACCUGCUGCUGGCCUCCGCCUCGCAGCGGCCCGUGCUCUUCCACUGGUUUGGCGGCCGCUUCGAGAGGCGCACGGACAUCCCUGAGGCCGAGGACGUCUACGCCACACGCCACUUCCAGGCUGGGGGGGACGUGUUCCUGUGCCUGACGCGCUACAUCGGGGACUCCAUGGUCAUGCGCUGGGAUGGUUCCAUGUUCCGCCUGCUGCAGCAACUUCCCUCACGUGGUGCCCACGUGUUUCAGCCACUGCUCAUCGCCAGGGACCAGCUGGCCAUCCUGGGCAGCGACUUCGCCUUCAGCCAGGUCUUCCGCCUGGAGCCUGACAAGGGGCUCCUGGAGCCGCUGCAGGAGCUGGGGCCCCCGGCCUUGGUGGCCCCCCGUGCCUUCACCCACAUCACCAUGGCCGGCAGACGCUUCCUCUUCGCUGCUUGCUUCAAGGGCCCCACACAGAUCUACCAGCAUCACGAGUUAGACCUCAGUGCCUGAGACGGAGACCCUGGCCAUGGCUGGCCAGGGGCUGGCAUGCAGUCCUAGGCCUCUGGACACCUCCUUGACUGGCCUCCUGGCCCCACUUGAGGUGAUAGCUGGUCUUGUGAGAUACUGACCACAGGCCGAGCUCGAGGCAAGAGCUGCCCCUCCAGUCUUAAGCAACAUCUUGGCUGGAGCUAGAUGCCCCACCAAGGGUGACUUGGGGGCUCAGGCUGGGGCACUGCACGGAGCAGGAUACAGAAGUCAGGGAGGCGGUAACGUGCGGAGCUCCAUGAGGUCUGGGAGCGCCCCCCUCAACCCACUCCCAACCCUCCUGCUCGCGCUGAAAGUACCGAGGAGGAGAGAGCUUUCUCUCCCCUCUAAACUCAAUCCGGCCAAUCGCUUUCAGUGCCCGCCUCCAUGACGUCACCAGUCGCUGGGCGGGUUUCCCUGCCUGGCUCGCUAACUUCCUCUGCUGCUUGUGCGCAUGUCUCCCGCCGAGGCGGAAGCCAUGCGUGUCGUCCCUCCUGCGCCUGCGCCUGCGCGGGGAAUAGGUGGGAAAGUGAGAGUUGGCGCGGGGAGCCCCGGGUACCCCUCCGGGUGGAUCACAGGGGCGAGGACAGAAAGUGUAUGAUCUCAAUAAAGGCGCUGUGAACCCGCCCCACCCGUUGCUGUGGGAUCGUUGGGAGAGGGUGUCUCCCGAGUGGCAUGGGGGGCGGGGGGUCUGGUGUCCUAG